AUGGCUUUCACCACUCCUGCUGGUGCCGCUGCCGGUCCUCCACUUUGCGACAACCACGCCUGCGCUCACUGUGGGGCACCAGCAACGCUUACAUGCGCCGCCUGCAAAGACGCUCCAGCAUUCGAAGACAAGAUCGAAACGAAGUGGUACUGCAACGCCGACUGUCAGAAGGCGGACUGGCCGGGUCACAAGUCCAUUUGCAAGAAGCUCAAUGCCCGCAAGAGGCUCUCUCGCGCCGCAGAGAUUGCUCAGUCCCUCUGGUACAUCUUCCGAGAAGAGACCAAUGAUUACAGUAUCGUGGGCAUAUCGUUCAAGAACGGAGUGUACUAUCUCCAAGAAGCAGAUGGUGGCAUUGUUGACCGUUGGAACAAGGGCUACCGUUAUCCCUUCCCCAAUCAGCUAAUGCCGGAUGAGUCCAUGAAGCGAGCCAUACUCACGCACAUGCUGUGCACAGAUGCGCUUGGCUACAUGCAUACCACAAUUGCAGGACUGCUAGAAGGUCUCUACGCUGAGAUCAGCGAAAUCCGAUUCGAUGUUAUGAGCGAAUGCAGAUCGCGUCGCCUCAAGAGCGUCAACAUCCAUGGUCAGGCCGAUGAGAAGGAAUACAGCCACCACAUCCUGCAAGUGAAGCUUAAAUCCGGAGAGAUCUACGUUAUGGACCUCACAGGCGCCCAGUACGGCUUCGACGACGCCCUGGUACCUUGGGCGGAAUACGUAUGGAAGAUGCGCGCACUGGUGGAUGUAAACACGUUCGGGUACCUCCGGAAAGUCAUCCAUGAGCCGCUCGGAAAGCGCGACCUUGAAGACCUUCUGAGACGCUACUAUGUGGAGAUGGAUCGAGGGUUUGAGGCCGCCCUCGCAGAGGCGCUCAUUCUUGCUGGAGGACUCUCGCUCAGUAAACUGGUUACAUUGCCAGAGCCUGCUUUCAGAGAGAAGCGGUCACAGAUCUUGAUGCAUGUUCAAGCCAGAUUGCGUCUCGCGGCUGAACUCAUGGACAAGAUCACCGUCAAGCGACUCGCCGCCACGCAUAACAUAAACCUACUGGCGUGUUUCAAAUGA